AUGGCGGAUUCGGAAACAGAAGCACCAUCGGGUUGGGACAUUGCAUCGGUCCUCAAGAUGCUCGACGAUCUAACGGACAAAUACGACCUGAUAGGGCAAGACACCCGAGAAGACUUCGAGGAGAAAGAAGAGCUGACGCGGGACGAAAUAGACAGCAGAGAAGGACUGCUGGAUGAGCUGAAAUUCAACCUUCUACCGCCACUCCAAACCCAACUGUCAUCUCUCGUAACUUCGCUGGCCCUACCGCGCGACUGGAGAAAGAGCCCACCCCCCGAUUUCCAGAUAAUUGGAAAUGUGUUGGAAGAUAUCGAAGAGACGGCAGAUGAAAUCUUGGACCUCAUCCGUUCCAUUGCGCUUGACAUACAAGCAGUUGGCACCGGCGACCAUCGACUAAAACGGUGUAAACAGUUUAGAAUUACUCAUCUUCUGAAUAGCAUUGAGGAUCUGGUGUCCUUGCAUGUGCGCGGACUGUUUAUCAGCUGCCAUGGAUUUCUCAGAGAAUCCAAGCUCUCACGUGACCACCCAGAAGACCGAACUCAUCCACGCGUGAUCCGAAUGUUGGAACGGGGUGUGCACUGGGAAAUGGGUUGCUGUACACAUUCAAUCAAAAAGAUCAUCGGGUGGUGCGACGGACCGGACUUCGAUGUUCUCCAAACCCGAUGGCAAGAGAAGGCGCAGGAGCUCGAUAGGUCACUAGGACUCAUGACUGAGCUCUCUCAUCACACCAUGAGCCGCCAAAGGAAUACGAGUGCUCUCCGAAAACAUGUCAUCAAACUAGGUCAAUUCACCAUACCGAUCAUCAAAUUAGUUCGAAUGUUCUCCAACAAAAUCUCCAAGACAAACGCGUUCACGUUGGAUAGCGAGCUGAACUCUGAGAUGCUGGCCCGGCUGCACAAGCAUCCUCAGAAGAUCGAUGACUAUUUCUUCAUUCAUGGGCGCAAAUUGCUCGAGAGUUACAAGCAAAAUGAACUGGAGGGCAAUCACGUACAGAUGCGCAGCCAAAUCGUUGGGAUCUCCGAUCUUCUCGAAUCCUUCUUGGUCUUCCUGGCCUUCCAUCACAUCCCUCUGCCUCGCGGAAUCGGUCGCUCGUCGCCGGAGAGUCACUUCAAGACCUGGUUUUCUGAGUGGCAGCAUUCAUGGCAUGUUGCUUGCAACAACUUCUCACUCAUUCUUCUCGGCUUUCAAGAUGGUCAACAGCAGCUCGGACCCGCAGCUUGA